AUGGGAACAAAACAGACUCACAUCAGUGCAGUCCAGCAGGCCAGCUUCCUGCUGAGAGCAGCUCUGCUCUCCAUCCUGCUGUGCGGCCCUCAGCACGUGUCCUCAGACUCAGACGAGGCCGUCCUGACUGAGUGGCAGAUCUGGAAGACCAGCCAUGGCGUCUCCUAUGAAGAGAUGGACGACAUGCAAAGGAGGGCUAUCUGGGAGCAAAACAAACAGAUGAUUGAAGACAACAAUCAAGGGUUCUUCAUGGGGAUGAGGCCGUUCACUAUGGCCAUGAAUAAAUAUGGAGACCUGACGAGACAAGAGUACCACGUUUUGCAAGGUGCCGUGAUCGACUCCCAAUUUGUGAAGAGAGGGAAGACCGUCUCGGCCAGGAGGCUGCGUAACAAUGCUAAGAAGUACGACACUUUGUUUGUGGACUACAGGAAAAAGGGUUAUGUCACUGAGGUGAAAGACCAGGGUUACUGUGGCUCGUGCUGGGCCUUCAGCACUACAGGAGCUAUUGAGGGACAAAUAUACAAGAGGACAGGUCAGCUUGUAUCUCUGAGUGAACAAAACCUGGUGGACUGCUCCAGAUCUUAUGGUACCUAUGGCUGCAACGGUGCCUGGAUGGCCAACGCCUACGACUAUGUGAUCAGCAACGGGCUGCAGUCGACCAGCACCUACCCAUACACCUCAGUGGACACCCAGCCCUGUUACUACGACAGCAGACUUGCAGUUGCACAUAUCAGAGACUACAGGUUCAUACCCAAAGGAGAUGAGCAGGCUCUGGCUGAUGCCGUGGCAACUAUCGGUCCAAUCACAGUAGCUGUUGAUGCAGAUCAUGCAAGCUUCUUGUUCUACAGCUCAGGAAUAUACGAUGAGCCCAACUGUAAUCCGAACAAUCUGAGUCACGCGGUGCUGCUGGUUGGCUAUGGCUCUGAGGGAGGCCAAGACUACUGGAUCAUCAAAAACAGUUGGGGAAGCAGUUGGGGUGAAAGCGGCUACAUGCGAAUGAUCAGAGACGGCAGAAACACAUGUGGCAUUGCGAGCUACGCCUUGUACCCUGUUCUAUGA